UAAAGCCGAGGGGCGGCGGCGGGGGGCGCACUGGCCGGGGCGGGAGCCGGGCGCGAGCAGGCGCAGCCGCCGGGAGCGCGGGGGAGCGAGCCGGCGCGAUGGCCGUGGCCGUGGGGAGACCGUCCAAUGAAGAGCUCCGAAACCUGUCCCUCUCCGGCCAUGUUGGGUUCGACAGUCUCCCUGACCAGCUGGUCAACAAGUCCACGUCCCAAGGCUUCUGCUUCAACAUCCUGUGUGUGGGUGAGACGGGCAUCGGCAAAUCCACCUUGAUGGAUACUCUAUUCAACACCAAAUUUGAAAGUGAUCCAGCCACUCACAACGAACCCGGGGUCCGGUUAAAAGCCAGAAGUUACGAGCUUCAGGAAAGCAACGUACGGCUGAAGUUGACCAUUGUUGACACUGUGGGAUUCGGAGAUCAGAUAAACAAGGAUGACAGCUAUAAGCCAAUCGUGGAAUAUAUCGACGCCCAGUUUGAGGCCUACCUGCAGGAGGAGCUGAAGAUCAAACGGUCCCUCUUCAACUACCACGACACGAGGAUCCACGCGUGCCUCUACUUCAUCGCCCCCACGGGGCAUUCCCUGAAGUCCCUGGAUCUGGUCACCAUGAAGAAGCUGGACAGUAAGGUGAACAUCAUCCCGAUCAUUGCAAAAGCCGACACGAUUGCCAAGAACGAAUUGCACAAAUUCAAGAGUAAGAUCAUGAGUGAACUGGUCAGCAAUGGCGUCCAGAUCUAUCAGUUCCCCACAGAUGAGGAAACGGUGGCAGAGAUCAAUGCAACCAUGAGCGUCCACCUCCCGUUUGCAGUGGUCGGCAGCACCGAGGAAGUGAAGAUUGGCAACAAGAUGGCGAAGGCCAGGCAGUACCCCUGGGGCGUGGUUCAGGUCGAGAACGAGAACCACUGCGACUUCGUGAAGCUGCGGGAGAUGCUGAUCCGGGUGAACAUGGAGGAUCUGCGGGAGCAGACGCACACGCGCCACUACGAGCUGUACCGGCGCUGCAAGCUGGAGGAGAUGGGCUUCAAGGACACCGACCCCGACAGCAAGCCCUUCAGCCUUCAGGAGACAUAUGAAGCCAAAAGGAAUGAAUUCUUGGGUGAGCUUCAGAAAAAAGAAGAAGAAAUGCGACAGAUGUUUGUUAUGAGAGUGAAGGAGAAAGAAGCUGAACUCAAAGAGGCUGAGAAAGAGCUCCACGAGAAGUUUGACCUCCUCAAGCGGACACACCAAGAAGAGAAGAAGAAGGUGGAAGACAAGAAGAAGGAGCUGGAGGAGGAGGUGAACACGUUCCAGAAGAAGAAGGCGGCCGCGCAGCUCCUGCAGUCCCAGGCGCAGCAGUCUGGGGCGCAGCAGACCAAGAAAGACAAGGAUAAGAAAAAUGCAAGCUUCACAUAAAGCCUGGCAAGCCAAGGAUGGUCCCGCAUUCACCUGCUUUUGCAGUAAUAUUGUAUCUCUGCCAUCUGUGUCUUUUUUUUUAUUAUAUAUAUGCAUAUAUAUAUAUAUGCCCUUCCCCAAAUACCAGUAACUAUUAACUCAUUUUGCUGAAUGUUGUUGGGUGGUGGAAAAUGACAGAACCAGGGAACAAUGCGGCUGGACUGUGUUUGUGGAAAGUCAAUGAUUUGCUGUUUGUGCCUGUGAGGGGGGCAGCAGGAAGCAUGCCUGUGACUUGUAUGUGGCUUUGGACAAAGGGACGAAGGGAAACGCUUCAUGUACGGCUGACAGGAAACUUCAUCAUCUCCACAGCUGAACUAGAAACCUGAAUAGUCAUGACAACAACCUGCCUUAAAAAAUAAAAUACCCGGGGCUGGAGCGAUAGCACAGCGGGUAGGGCAUUUGCCUUGCACGCGGCCGACCCGGGUUCUAAUCCCAGCAUCCCAUAUGGUCCCCUGAGCACCGCCAGGGGUAAUUCCUGAGUGAAAAGCCAGGAGUAACCCCUGUGCAUCGCCGGGUGUGACCCCAAAACCAAAAAACAAAAAUAAAAUACCCAAAAAUCCCACUCACUCACCUCUAGGAUGGCAGAGGUCCUGAAUUCCCCCUCGUCAUCUGCUCCACACUGGCCCCACACGAGGUGCCUCGGUCCCUAGGCAGAGUGGUGGGGAGGCAGACAGGAUGUGAUGCUUGAUGCUUGCAGGGAGGUUUAUCGUAAUCCCUUAACACGGUUUGGCCUGGACUGAGAAUGUUCAGAGCAGCCGUCGCCCGUGUCUGAACCUGCAGCUCACCAGGGCUGGCCCCGUCAGACUGCUGAGACCAGCGUGAUCGUGGCGUGGUCCCUUCCCAGCCGCUCACAGGUGUGACCCUCGGGCAUGGCUUAGUUGAAAGCAUCUUCUCCCGAGGCAGGUGGGUGGUUCCUCCCGGGGCCGGCACACCCCAGCUUGAUCUCGGGGCGCUGGCGGGAGAGGUCUGGCUGACAGGACAUCGGUGCUUCUACGGGCAUUUUCCCGGUCACCGUGCAUGAAAAAUCCUUUCCAGGGAGACGCCAAAUAGGGAAAUGUUUGGGUGUAGCGUCCCUUUGGGUGUCACCCGAGGGCCCGUGUCAGUUCAGGGGGAGAUGAGAGGCCCCAGGAGCCAAACCCCAGGAGCGGAGCGAGUAGACGGUCAGGCCAGGCACGGCUGAGGGUGAGCAAGGCCUGGCUCCAGCACCCGGCCCCAGGGCGGACCCCGGCAGGAAGCUUCACGUGUGUUCAGCUCCACCUGCGCUUCCUGGCAGCAUGUCCCUUCAGCAUGCGGCACUGAGGGACCAGCCGCAGGGCAGUUGCUCAGUGGGGUUUUCCCCACUUGACACUCAGCAAGUGGCCUCAACCGGCCUGUGCUGUAGGUCUGCGCCCCCCUCCCCCCCCCCCCCCCCCCCCCGAGCAACAGAGAUAAGGAACGCGCCCUCUCUGCAGGCCGCUCUCCGGCCAGAGCCAGUGUCUUCCCGGGACCUUGCCGAGGCUUCAGCUCUUGCAUCUCCUCCAGUUCCCCGCCACUCCUGGCAGGAUUCUCCCAGGGUGCUCGCUGCCGAGGAUCUCGCCUCUCACUUGAAAGAACAGACUCGGACCUUUCUCCUCUUGGUUUUCCUUCAUGGGCCACGCAUGGAGGCAGCGUGACGGAGGGCACUGCCCCCAGGGCCCACCCACCCUUUUCAUUAGUAGCAUGUCUCUACUUGACUCUUCCCCCCCCCCCUUCUCUCUGUCCUCAGCCAUAUUAAGAGAAGGCAGGAAUGGUCUUCUGCGAGCUGAUUUAAUUAGACAGCGAAAGCCUGUUUCACUGACGUUUCAUGGAAUUCAGUUGCACGGAAGCCAGUUUCGUGGAGGCCCGAAUUCAUCAGGGAUAGAAACUGAAGGACAGCAGCGGUCCCAGUCACAGUGGCGUGUAGACCAGCUUGGGGCUGGGGAGACGGGCCAGAGGGCACAUGCUCAGCAUAUAGGCCAGGCUCUGCCCCCCCACAAGACUGCUGGAAAUAGCCCCGAAGCACCCCUGGAUUGGCGCAAAAACAUCCCCCGCCUUCCCGGCCCCCCCCGCCCCCCCACCACACACACACACACACACACACACACACACACACACACACACACACACACAUCCCAAAGACAGGCUUAGAGCUCUCGAACCAGGGUUUUUGCUUUGGCUCCCUCCCACCUGCGUUUAAUGAUUUGCGUCUGAGGCUUGCUGGGGCAGCCAACCCGUAGCUGGCAUGCUGAGGCUGACGGGGCUGAACGCGCCCAUACGCUGUGCAUCCGACAAAAGCUUGAGUACUUGUCAUGUGUGCUUGUUCCAAACACCGCUUGUGUGAGCAUUCUUGUGCCUUGUAACAGAAAAUAUUUUCAAUUCUAAAACUAUCACUUGAAGCUCAUCGUUUGGGCCGAAUCACUAAUGCCUGGUUUAAAGUGAAGCUCACUGAGAGGCACCCAGCUGACUUUUUGAUUCCAAGAUUAUUGAUUGGUGGGUUGAUUUUUUUUUUUUUUCCAUUACACUUUCACGUUAAAACAGAACAUGGAGCGUCAGGGAAUAAAAAGUCAAAUAUACAGGAGCUUUUAAGAAAAACUGUUGCUUCUGAACCUUUUUUUCUACCACUUUUGCCCCAGCCUUGUUUGGUUUGUUAUUGCUGCUUUUCUCUUUUCUUUCUGUAUCUAUGCCUUUUUCCACAGUAGUCCUUGGCUCUGCACGGAAUAAAUGAUAUCCUCAAAUCUAAUUGGAUGUGCUUUCGCCUUUGCAUGUAAGUACGAUAGUAAGAAACUUUUGAGAUCUUUUUGACUUUUAAAAGAAAUGGGACAGAUGAUAUUUUUUUCUUUUUUGGAGGGGAUUCUAGGGAGGCUAUGGUUUAUCCUUUGUGUGUGUAUAUAUAUACACACAUACGUAUAUAUAAAGAUAUAAAUGGCCACAUUUAUAUCUUUUUUUCCCCAGAAAAUCAGAAAACUUAGCAGUAUGGAAGUCAGAAAUUGCUAACCCUAGCCCGUGUUCCAUACAGCGCCGGGGGCAUGUCCUUUUGGACAUGGAUGUCCUUUUGGAUGGCAUCGGACUAGAAUGAAGCCUCCCUCUCGCUGCAGAGAAUUGACAGGGAAAAGGUUUUUUUUGUGGUGCUGGAGAUCAAACCCAGGGCCUCACACACACGCAGGCACACAACAUGUGCAUAAGCACACACACACAUGCUCGACGACUGAGCCCUAUCCCGACCCGAGUGAAGGGUUGAUGCCAGCCUAUCUCUGACUGCUUCCAGUUUGGAUGAUUCUGGUUUGGGGGUCUCUCCCUUCCGCUCCCGACUGACAGGGGUCUCCCUUUAUCCUCGCCCCCACCAGCUCCAGCAGGCCUCUCCCCACAUCUGUUAUUCACCCCUAGGGACCACCUUUUGUUCCUUGAAGACAGUGGGUAGCCGUAACAGCUGUCAGAGGGGGAAUGAUGUGACACAAAAGCGUUCAUGAGAACCACAGGCAGUGCAGACUGUUUUCCCAUACUGGCGCUUGAAAAUGUGUCCGUCUUAAGGAGGAAAGGCAUCUUAGCCAGGGGAGCAGCUGGUACAGCUGUGGGAGUGGGUCACUGGUUGUCUUCGUUUGGGGUGUGUAAUCUCACCAGCAGUAACGCUCUUCUAUCUUGUUCACCUCCAAUGAAUAGACUGGUCUCACUUUCUCCGUGGCAUGCUCAUGAGUGUUUCCCAUUCACACCGCGGUCAGAUUUUCACUGUUACCAGCCCAUGCCAUUCUCUGUGUAGUUCCACCAAAGCUGUCCAUUCAGACCUCUUUGCUUUGUCGUUUUUCAAGUGUCUGAAAUUGUCAAGUCUCAGCUUCCAGGAUUCCUGGUUCCAUUAACGGGACACAUGUGACAACUCUUUUAGUGGGAAUUAUAGCAUACAGACUCUAGAUUGUAUGUAGGUAUGAAGGACCUCUUUAAAAAAAAUAAAUUGAAAAUUAAGCUGUGAACAGCAUUAGAAGUUUGUCUAUUUCUUAAUUUUAAAAUAUGCUGAUAUGCCUUAAACUAUAGUUAUAGAUUCAUUGUCAUUUUUUGCUGUUUAAAAAAUAACCAGUGUGUUUCUAAAACUGUUGUGUAAUCUACUUUUGGUGUUGAUGCAGAAUUGUCAUAUAUGUAAGCUGCAUGUUAGACACUUGUCUUUUACAAGCUGAAAUAAUUGUAUCGAUGUGAAGUGUAACAUGUUACCAAGUAUGAAAGUAAUCACUUAACACACGUGCUGGACCUGUGGUGUCUGUAAGGUAGGCGUGCUGGGCAGAUAUCUAUGCAUAUAUAUAUCACUAGUGCCAAGACCUAACGUGGGGGAAAUAUAUUUUUACCCAAACACUG